UCUGCUGAGUGGACUAAAGAUGGGGGAGCAAGGUGAUUGGCUGGAGGCUAACAGAAGAGACUGGGAGGCCAUCUUGGAUUCCCAGACCCAGACAGGUGCAGCCAAGGGCCCGGGGGAUGACAUCACUGAGCAGGCCAGGACCAGAGGCGACAUAGUGGAGUCUGCAGUCCAUGAGGACCUGCUGAUAUCCGGUGUUGCUUGCUGGAGAGACUGGACCUCUGAAGUGGCUGAUCACAAACCCUGGCCCCGGAACAGAACCCUGGAUCAGGAGCCGUCACUCUUCCUUCCCGAGUCGGGACCGAACCUCGAGGGACAGAGACUCCACCACAACCACCACACAGAACACAACCAGUGGACAGAUGGAAUGAACAACCUCAGUCCUGGUGGUCAUCAGAGAGACAGAGGCUCCAGUCAGGGAUCCAGUCUGCAGCCCAGACCCUUCUCUUCACAGUCUCAGUGCAGGGAUGGAGCAGGGCCUGGGGCUGAUAGAGAUAGACCCUCCUGUUCCUAUGAUACAAACACCACAGUAUCCAUGAUGAACAGAGCAGGUCACCCUGGGCUUCAGCCUUCACAGGGAGUGGUGGGAGACUCCCCUGAUGGUAGUCUAUCAGGAAGUAUGUCUUCUCCUUCAGGGUCUUGUUUAAUCCCUGGUGACUGGGUUCAUAGACAACCUGGACCUGGGUCUAGCUUUCCUCAGUUACCUCAUGGUGACCCCACCAAUACAGACAGGGUCAGGAUGGGCGUUCACCACAAGAGGUACCUAGCCUAUAACACAGCACACAAUCCAAACAACACCCAAACAAUGGCUAGAGGUCAAGGAGGGAGCUCAAAGACUAACCACCUGAGGGUGGCUCCUGCUACUACCUCCUCUGGUGUCAUUGGGUCACAACGUGGGAGGCUGAGCAUUAGGACGGAUGCUGACAAGCCGUACACCUGCCCCACAUGUGGGAAGCGCUUUGCUAAAGCAAACUAUGUGAAGGAGCACCAGACCGUUCACACCAAGGAGAGGCCCUUCAAGUGCAAGCUAUGUUAUAAGAGCUUCUCCUUCCUGAGUAACCUUAUCAGACAUAGGAGUGUCCACAACGGGGAGAAAUCGUAGCAGUGUGGCUUGAGAUGUCCACAGGGGAUAUCUGGGAACCAUUCUUUAGCUGACGUUAUAGUUAUCAUGUGAUGUGUCUU